AUGUGGUCUUUAGUGCAACAUGGAUUGAUGCCGGAAAUCGGUUUAUGUUCAGCAAACAAAAUAACCUUUGCUUUUAUGGAUAUAAAACGUCUUACUGGUGAAGAUAAGCUCAAACUCAGCCGUACUUACUUCUUUGCUGGAAUCGGAUUUCUUCCUUUCCUCUGGUGGAUUAACGUUUUUUGUUUUCUAAAGGAGUUGUCUGCCCCACAGACAUAUCCAGAGUCUAAGCUGAUUAGGAAAUACGUCACUUUCAGUUUAAUUGGAGCAUUGUCUUGGACAGUUGUCUUUGCCGUUUGGAUUAUUACUUUCCUAAAUUUCCGUGUUAGUUGGGGUGAAUUGGGGGAUCGUUUGUCGUUUAACAUACCACCUGGCAGAUUAUAA